UCAUUUAUGUAUUUAUAUACACAUACCCUUGUGGGGAUCUCGACCAGAUAUCGAAGAAGAAGAAGAGUGAGAGAAUGGCGGCGAGGAUAGUGGUGGCUUUGGCAUGUAUGGUGGUGAUGUUAGGGCUGAGUAAAGCGGCAGUGUACAAAGUCGGCGACUCAGCAGGCUGGACAACCAUAGCCAACGUAGACUAUAAGCUAUGGGCCUCAACCAAAACUUUCCACAUUGGUGAUACCGUCUUGUUUGAGUACAACCCAAAAUUCCAUAACGUGAUGAGAGUGACGCAUGCAAUGUAUAGAAGCUGCAACAACUCAAACCCAAUCUCCACCUUCACCACCGGUAACGACUCAGUUACCCUCACCAACCACGGCCACCAUUUCUUCUUCUGCGGCGUUCCCGGUCAUUGUAUGGCUGGUCAGAAACUUGACCUCAACGUCAUUCAUCCCGUCUCCUUCACGCCACUCUCUGAUCCACCGAUUUCUUCCUCCUCUUCUCCUUCGUCGACUACUAUGAUUCCUGCAGCCGGAGUCCCCGGUCCAUCUCCUAGCCACGCGGCUUCUCUUUCGAGUGUGGCGGCAGCUGUGGUGUCUCUCCUUGUCUCUUUGAUCUUUGCAAAUUUUGCUUCUUAAUUAGGAUUAUAUAAAACAUUGCAAUGACUGCAUUUAAGUUUUUGUUAUGUUUUCAUCUUUCUACCGUAAUGUUCUUUUUCUCCCUUAGUUGAUUCAAAAUGUAGAAACGUUCCAUCAAUAAUAAAAAGAAAAAGCAUAUAAGUAUAACGAUUUAGUUAGUA